AUGGAAGACGAGGACUACGACAAGAAGCUGAAGCGCCGGCAACGGAAUAAGGAGGCCGCGGCUAGGUGCAGGCAGAGGCGGCUGGAGUUGAUGCACACGUUGCAAGAGCAAGUCGACAAGCAAAAGGACGAGAACCGCAAGAAGGACAAUCAAAUCAAGGAGCUGAAGAGCCAGAUCACGGAUCUCCAACGAUUCCUCCAAACGCACGACUGCAAAAUGACGCCCGAGCAGCGGUCCCAAAUCCCGGUCGGCAUCCCCCACACAUCGCAGUUUUUCCAGAACGUGCCGCCGACGUCGAGCGCGUCGACGAUGGCGAUGGCGUCGAACGCGCCCGGUGCCCUCAACCCGCAGCAGGGCCAUUUGAUGAUGAGCGGCUACGACCAACAACAUAAUGACAGGAAGCGCCAGCUACCCCCGGCCGACAUUUUCACCGCAAAGAACCCGAAGGAGGAGCAGACGCUCGCCCAGCUGAACAUGAACAAUUCGGAGGACUUGCAGCGACCCGAUCGGCUUUUCGAGCUGCCCGCCACGUCGACGGGCUCCAGCUCGAUCGCGUUGGUCACGCCCUCCCAGGGGCUCAGCUCGACUCCCUACCAGCCCAAUUCGCUGUUCGGCAACAUUUCCUUUACGCCGGGAGCCCCGACCCUGCUGGACGGCCCGACGGGCAUCACACCCAUCACCAGCAACCCGAUCCCAAUCUUCGAAAGCAGCCGCGGCAACGAUCUGCGCGGCGAUCUGGCCAAUCUC